UUGUGUAAAACUUCUUGUAUCGCUAAAUUAUGAUCAAUUUUUUCAAAACCCUAAUUGCUGAGAUCGCCUACGCCACUAACAUGAAAAUCAGACCUAAUUUGUCAGCUUCUAAGGUAGCUGAAAUUGAAGAGCUUCUGAUUGAAAUCCUCUUACGAGUACCACCAAAAGCCAUGCUGAAAUCGAAGCGCGUAUCGAAACAAUGGCAAUCUAUAAUAUCCGACUCGAAAUUCUGUCUUUCGUAUGCUCGUUUUCGCCCUAAAGUUUCCCUUCUGCUGAAGGAAGAGGGUGAGAGAUCGAAAGUUCAAGUUAUCUCUCUAAAUCGGCCGAUAAGAAUGGAGAAUAACGUCGUGGUUAAAGAUUUUAUCGCAUUUAAUGGUCAUCAUACUGACAUUAUACAAUCUUGUAAAGGGUUGCUUCUUUGCAAAUCUUCCUUACUUUUAUUGGAUCCCCGUAGGGAUGAUUCUACAUUCGACGGUCAUCUUCGUUGCUUUGCAUAUUGUGUUUGUAAUCCGACUACGGGACAGUUUAGAAGAAUCGUUUGCCCUAGUUCGCUAUCACCACCUUCGUCACCAAACCCUUAUUUAAUUAGAUAUACUCACGCUCUAUUCAGUGUAAGUUUAGUGUUUAAUCCUCAAGUAUCAAAUCAUUACAAGGUUGUCUUUAUUUUUGAUUGGGAUGCACCAAAAGAAUACGCAAAUAUAUACCCAGCUCAUUAUGGGAUUGAAAUUUUUAUAUAUUCAUCAGAAACUCAAUCUUGGAGUUGGCAAAGAAGAGAUGAACUAGACUAUGGAAGAACUUCGUCGAUGGUGAAGAACAAUGGUCCUUUUUGUUGCAAUGGUGUAAUUCAUUGGUUCAGAUACGAUUCAUCAUACAGAACUGGAUUUGUGCUACGUUUCGAUCCUUAUACGAUGGUUUUCGAGACGAUAGAUUUUCCUUAUAGUUUUUAUUUCUUUGGCUUUGCAGAGUACCGCGGAAAUUUGCAGAUGAUAACUCGCGAGUUUGAUCGUACUAGUUUGGAAUUUAUUGUUUGGGAAGUAUCAUUAGACUAUUCUAAAUUUUAUAAACGGUAUUGUAUCGAUCUUGAAUCAAUUAGACGAGUUCAUCCAAGUUGGAAUAUCUCACCAUUGAGCAUAUUUUACAUUAUUUGUGGGGAAAAUAUAAAAGACACAGAGUUUGUGAUAUCAGUGGAAAAUAUGGCAGUAAUUUAUAAUCACUCUGAUAGAACAUACAGAGUGAUUAGUGAGAUAGAGAGAACACCUCAAAAUCAAAGAUAUUAUUCAAAUAUUUCACAGUGUCGUCGUCCUUUGGCUUGUUACUAUAAGGCAUUUGAGUAUUUAGAAAGCUAUUGCUGUGUUUAGUUCAUA